AUGACGUCACAAUUACUAAAAUUAUUUAUUAAUUUAGUUAAUAGGAAUCUAUCGACAUUGGUUACUGUAGCGCUUUCUCUGUUCUCUUCGAUUUACUGCGAUGGUGACGACUCAGGCGGCGAUAGAGAAGGGGGGAUGAGUUCCGGCGCCGGUACCGGAAUCUAUCGCUUCAAAGGCACUCGCAAAGAGUACUGCGAUAAGUUCGGAGUCAAUUAUGAGUACUACUGCACAGGAGACACCGAUAAUCCAGAAAUCACGGCACAAUUCUGCCCGUCCUACAAGAAAAGUUGCCGAGAUAAUCCUCAAAGCCCGGCGAAUCCGUUCGCAAAAAACGUUGCCACCGGUGAAGAUUCGAAUGCACCGGGCAACAUUGUUGAUGCCAAUUUUCCGGACAUUGAUAAAUCAGGGAAAGGAAGAGGACGGGGAGGAAGAAAGAAGGUUCAAAGACGAAAAUACAAAAAACCAUGCACCGCCGAUUGCGACCGUCGUAUCUAUCCCCACUGUACUGCGGAUUGCAAAUGUGACUACGCCUAUCCGUAUGUGCAGAAAUUCUGCAAUCCACCUCCACUGCCGUUGUUCCUACAGACUUGCAGAUUGUGGUAUUCGGGAUGUCCCAAAUAUGAACGCUACCACUAUGCUUCUCAGUUCAUCUACUCGAAAGCAGAAAAGGGCAAGAAAGUUGAAUGCCAAGUAACUGCGAAGCCUUCAGGUACUGUCCCCGGACGGAGACGUCUUCCCUGUCACGUUCUCAGCCAGGUACCACCACUGUUGCUAGGGAUGUCUUUCCCGAUGCAGGUCGUACCUUCUGAUACAGUACGCUGGGACUCACCAAUCGAGCUGAACCCAGAAGUCUUUGAACCGAUGGCUCAUGUUCGUAAUUAG